AAGGCAUUGAUUGCUGUGAGAGGUCCGCAGCGGGCUGGUUGCGUCACAGCUGACUGCAGGACUGCUGUGCAGGGGGAGCUUGUGGCUGACUAGAGACACUGCUGUGGGUGACUGGACACGGAGACCAGCACCGUUACUGCAGACGACAGCACAAUUUGCGUUUUUUAUGAACAAGGUGUUUCGACGGUGACGUUUAUUCAAACUAAACUGCUCGUACCGACGACCAAAUAUAGCGAUGGUGUUCCGAGGCUCAAUAACCGAAGCUGCAGACUUCGAUGCGACAGCAGAUUCAGAAGCGCUGUACAACGCCAUGAAAGGCUUCGGCAGCGAUAAAGAAGCUAUCCUGGAACUGGUCACUUCUAGAAGCAACGCCCAAAGGCAGGAGGUCCUCGCAGCAUACAAAUCCAGCUAUGGACAGGACCUAAUAGGUGAUCUGAAGUACGAACUGACCGGCAAUUUUGAGCGGCUCAUCGUGAGUCUGAUGAGAACCCCUCCACAACAUGAUGCCAAAGAAAUCCAUGAUGCUGUGCAAGGCGCUGGAACAAAUGAGAGAUGCCUGAUUGAAGUCCUGGCCUCGAGAAACAACCAGCAGAUACAUGACAUGGUCGAGGCGUACAAGGAAGCUUACGGCAGUGACAUGGAAGAGGACGUUGUUCGGGAAACCUCGGGGCACUUUAAGAAGAUGCUGGUGGUUUUACUUCAGGGCACCAGGGAUGAGUCGGGGGUGGUGGAUGCAGACCUGGUGGAGCAGGACGCCCAGGAUCUGUUUGCCGCUGGCGAGGAGCAGUGGGGGACGGAUGAGGCCAAAUUCAUCAUGAUUCUGGGAAGCCGCAGCGUGACCCAUCUGAAAAUGGUUUUUGAUCAGUACGAGAAGAUUGCUGAGAAGAGCAUAGAGGACAGCAUCAAGAGUGAGCUGUCUGGGGACUUUGAGAGGGUGAUGCUGGCCGUGGUCCACUGCAUCCGAAGUGUGUCCAUGUUCUUUGCCAGGCGUCUUUACAAGUCCAUGAAGGGUCUUGGUACAGCCGACAACACCCUGAUCCGCAUCAUGAUCGCUCGCUCCGAAAUAGACAUGUUGGACAUCCGGGAAUGUUUCCGUCUCCGAUACGAAAAGUCUCUCUAUAACAUGAUUAAGGAGGACACUUCAGGGGACUACAAAAGGACGCUUCUCCAACUUUGUGGCGGAGAUGAUGACUUAGCUGGAGAGUUCUUCCCAGAAGCGGCUCAGAUAGCUUACAAGAUGUGGGAACAAAGUGCUAUGACCAAAGUAAAGCUAAGGCCCACCCUUUUGCCCGCAGUAGAUUUUGAUCCCGCGGCUGAUGCACAGGCCCUGAGGAAAGCCAUGAAAGGAUUUGGAACGGACGAAGACAUCAUCAUUGAUAUUAUUGCACGUAGAAGCAAUGCCCAAAGACAAGAGAUCCGACAGACCUUCAAAUCUCUACUGGGGAGGGACUUGAUGAAGGACCUCAAGUCUGAGCUGUCCAAGAACCUUGAGAGGCUGGUCAUCGGACUCAUGCUGACGCCCGCAGAGUUUGACGCCAAAAUGAUGAGGAAGGCCAUCGAGGGCGUUGGAACAGACGAGCAUGCUCUUAUUGAGAUCCUGGUCACCAGGAGUAACGAGGGGAUCCAGGCCAUGAACGCUGCCUACAGUAGUGCCUAUAAGAAGAGUUUGGAGGGAGACAUCCAGUCGGACACCAGUGGCCAUUUCUGCCGCAUCCUUACUUCUUUGGUGCAGGGAGGGAGAGAGGAGGGCGAGGCGGACUUAGAGAGAGCGGAUGCAGAUGCUCAGGAACUUGCAGACGCGUGUAACGCAGAGUCUGAUGACAUGGAAAUGAAGUUCCAGACCAUUCUGUGCACCAGGAGUUUCCCUCAUCUCAGGAGAGUGUUCCAAGAGUUUGUCCGAUUCACCAAUAAGGACAUCGAACAGAUCAUCAAGAAGGAAAUGUCUGGCGAUGUGAAGAAUGCCUUUUAUGCCAUAGUCUGUAGUGUCAAAAACCAGCCGUCCUACUUUGCUGAUCGUUUGUACAAGGCCAUGAAGGGCCUUGGCACAGACGAUCGAGCCCUGAUCCGCAUCCUGGUGUCUCGUAGUGAGGUGGACCUCUUUAACAUUCGCAAAGAGUUCAAGGAAACUCAGGAUGAGUCCCUGCAUGAUUUCAUCCAGGUAGAAACCAUGGUUGGGGAUACGUCAGGCGACUACCGUAAGACCCUGCUGUUGCUCUGUGGAGGAGAGGACUGAGGCCAUUGGACUCCCCUCAGAGGCCCCAGCAAGAGCUUCCUGUUGUUAUUUGCCUUAGACCCUUUGCUGCCUCACUUCUGCCACUCUUCUGCCAAUCGCUCUGGUGAAUGACCGUAUUCCAGGGGGUUCUGCUAGCCGAUAAACGAUCAAUGUUCCUUUAGGACACGCCUUUUUUUUCCAUGCAAUUCAAAUUUGUAUUUGUAAUAAAAUCCCCCAAAAUAUGGCACUGUUGAAGAUAUGCUUGGCUAAAUGUGAUUUAGAAAUCUAUUGGACGUAAGGGAACGGAGUGAGCAUAGCACAUGAGUACUGUACCGAUUCAUUUUAAUGUGGACCUGGAUUAAAAACAUAGUUAAGAAUC